AUGAUGCUCCUGAUGCCCUGCUUGAAGAUCUUCAUUAACAAUGAAUGGCAUAAAGCAGCCAAAGGAAAAACAUUUGCAGUCAUAAAUCCCAGUACCGGUGAAAAACUUUGUCAAGUUGAAGAAGGAACAAAGGCCGAUGUCGAUAAAGCUGUUGAAGCUGCUCGUCAGGCAUUUAAAGAAGAUUCAGAAUGGAGAAAAAUGGAACCAGCAGCACGUGGUGCAUUGAUGAGAAAAUUUGCCGAAUAUCUCCGACGGGAUAUUGAUUAUUUGGCGAAACUUGAAACUCUCAAUAAUGGCAAACCAUUAGAAGAAAGCAGACUCGAUAUCAUAAGUUCAGCAGAUUGCAUUGACUAUUAUUCUGGAUGGGUAGAUAAAAUCGCUGGUGAAACAUUGCCAUCAGCACCAGAUGCAUUCUUGUAUACUCGUCAUGAACCUAUUGGUGUUUGUGGACAGAUAAUACCUUGGAAUUAUCCAAUUAUGAUGUUUGUUUGGAAACUAGGUCCCGCUUUAGCUUGUGGUAACACUAUUGUUAUGAAACCUGCCGAGCAAACGCCAUUAACAGCUUUGUAUUGUGCUAGUUUAAUUCAAGAAGCUGGAUUUCCAAAAGGUGUCGUCAACGUUGUGCCCGGUGAUGGUCCUGACUGUGGUCAAUCGAUCGUUGUCCAUGAAGGAAUCGAUAAAGUUGCAUUUACUGGCUCUGUUGAGGUCGGUAGAAAAGUUCAAGAACUUACAGCAAAAUCAAAUUUAAAACGCGUCUCAUUAGAAUUAGGCGGGAAGAGUCCAUUAAUUAUUUGUGAAGAUGCUGAUCUGGAUUAUGCUGCGCCAUUAGCAUUUAGAGCAAUAUUUGCGAAUGCAGCACAAAGUUGUUCAGCCGGUUCGAGGACAUUUGUUCACGAAAAAAUCUAUGAUCAAUUUGUUUCUAAAUGUGUUGAAUUAGCUAGUAAACGUAUCGUUGGCGAUCCGUUCGAUUCAAAAACGGAACAAGGACCCCAGAUUAACAAUGAGCAAUUUAAAAAAAUCAUGAAAUAUAUCGAAUCGGGGAAGAAGCAGGGAGCAAAAUUAGAAUUUGGCGGUGAACGUGUGGGAAAAAACGGUUUUUUUAUUCAA